AUGUUAUAUUUGGAUAUUCUUUUGAAGUUUAUAAACCUGAUGGGAUAUUCAUUUGUGCGCAAAAUGAUUGGGUUUAUUUAACAGCUAUAUGGAAGGGGUAUGAAUCAGAUUUUGAUGAUGCUACUGAAUGGCAACUUCUUUAUAUUCAUCGUUUGGAAGGUCCAAUAACACAUAUUUCAAGUUAUUAUCAUGAAAAUUAUCAAUUUACACCAAAUCAUGAUUUUGAUGAAAAUAAUGCGUUAGCGGUGUUAUAUCAAAAACAAGAACAGGAACAAAUUCAAUAUGUUUUGAGAUUAUAUAACAUAGGAAAAUUUGAAUCAGGAAGCUCUGACUUUGAUUAUGUUGGUAAGAAUCCUGAUAAUGCCAAAUUUCGGACUAUUCAAAUACCCCGAAAUAUAUUUGAAAUUGGUAAACGAAAAGAUGAGGCAUUAGUUGUAAAGUCUAGUGAAUCGGGACCAACUCAAAGCGUUAUUCGUGUUAUGAAUGCAGAAAUAACAGCGGAUGAAGAAUCAUGGACUUUUCAAGUGAUGGUUAUUCACAAUUCUUCGUCUUCUGACGAUGCUAAUCCUAAACAAGAUUCUUAUAGUAAAGAAGCUUAUAUAGUUCGUAGUGAAUAUUUACCAGUUCUUGAAGAAUCACCAUUUCAAGUUGUAGGAGCUGAGGUUAACGCUAAUGGCAAUAUAUUACUUCUUGUCACUCAA